CACUGUUCGCCAUGGCGCCAGGGCUCCAGCGUUUCACCGACAUUGCCGGGGACGGCGGGCCCCGCCUCGACGCCGCCUCCGGCGAGGAGCUGCUCCGCGUCGACCGCGCCGCCUCCGUCGCCCUCGGCCGCCGCGCGCCGGAGCCCCCGGGCACCCUGUUCGUCACCACCAGGAGGGCGAUUUGGCUCAGCGAGGUGGAGAAGGGCCAAGGCUAUGCGGUGGACUUCCUCGCUAUCACGCUCCACGCUGUGUCCCGCGACCCGGAGGCGUACCCCUCCCCUUGCAUCUAUACUCAGAUUGACACGGAAGAUGGCUCUGGUGAGGAGGCUGGCGAAUCAGAUUUGGAAGCAAGUGGUGAUUUGCAGCUAGCAAAAAUCCCUGAAAUGCGCAUUAUACUGUCAGACCCUGGUCAACUUGAUGCGCUUUUUGAUGUCUUCUGCCAUUGUGCUGAACUGAACCCUGAUCCUAAUGCUGGGCACAAUGAAGACAAUAGCUGGUUCGGUGGUGAUAAUUUGGCUUUCGGUGGCGGCUGGAUUCAUGGUGAUGAAGACAUGAUCGAUGGAAAUGAUCUUGAAGCCGACAUGUUUCAUACAAACCUUAUAGAUCAAAAUGGUCUACAUGACCUCAAUUGUUCUGUACGUGAGCUUGAAAUCGAUGACCAGCGUUUUGAGGAUGCAGAGGAAGAACACGAGAUCCAAGAAAAUGGACAUUAGAGGCAUAAUGUUCAUUUUACUUACUGUGUUCCUUGAGAGGACUGUCAUUGGUUCGUCUGUAGAUCACUAUUGAUGCUGCUUGGUUCGCCUUAUACUUUUCUUCCGCUUCUUUCCCCCUUGUUCUAUAGGAUCAACAUCUCUAGGGAACCUUAGAGUUGCAUCGAUGGUAACUUUUGUGAGAAAAAGGUCUUGCUGCUGGUCAAGAAUGUAACUUGUAGAGCAUGAUGGAGAAUCGAGUGAAAUUAGUUCGAUACUUUUGAUCUGACAAAUAGGAGGGGAAAUAGGGAAAAGGAAUUAAUACUCUUUUCCCUUGUAUAUCAUGGCACUAUUGUGUUAUCAUUUUAGGAUUUCAAGAUUUAAAUGUUAAACUGGGUGGAAAUGGGAAAUAUUGCUACAUCCCCUAUCUUAAAAUCUGAAACAUUGGGUUUCCGGUCCACACGAGGGACUC